AUGCCACCAAAGAAGCAAGCAGAAGGCUCAGAUGAUGAAAAGCCAAAGCAGAAGGUGCCUACAGCAUAUGCUCUCUAUUGCCAAGAUAACAUGGAAAGAGUAAAGAAGGAAAACGAAGGAAAGAAGCAAAGUGAAAUUAAAAAGAUUUUGUCUUCUGAAUGGAAGGAAGCCGAUGAACAAACCAAGGAAAAGUACAACACCAUGCACAAGAAGGCUAAGGCUGAAGCAAACGGAGAGGAAUAUGAUAGUAGUGCUACAAAGAGAAAGAGAGCAACCAAAGGAGAGUCUUCCAAGAAAGCCAAAAAGGACGACGAGGAAGGAGGUGAAGAAACUCCAAAGAAGACACCAACAGCCUAUGCUCUUUUCUGUACCGAAAAGACUGAUGAAGUCAAAAAGAGUGAUUCCAGCUUAAAGGCCUCAGAGGUCAAGAAAAAGUUGUCUGAAAUGUGGAAGUCCAUGUCCAAGGAAGAGAAAAAGCCUUAUGAAGAACAAUCUAAGAAGUUAAAACCAGCAACACCUAAGAAGGCAGCUAAGAAGAAGGAUGAGGACGAAGAUGAAGAAGGCAGCGAAGAAGAUGACGAAUAA